AUUUAUAACCACACACACACACACACUCACUCACACGUUACCUCUGAGAAUGCCUCAGCUGUUUUGAGGUAAUAGAGACAAUAAAAAGCAUAAAAGUAAGAUAACGUAACGGGCAUGACGCUACUGGGAGGAAGGCAACGCAGGGCGGGAGGCACCUGGGGGCAGGAGGAUGAGGCUGCCAGGCAAACACUUGCCGGUUCCCAGCGCCUUCUUCAUAUUAGUCCUGGAAGCCGGUCACACGUCCAUACACCCACAGGCUCUCCUCGUGCCCUACUCACUCACCCAUUUUCCUUGAUAGUUUUGGCUGCUGGGAUUUGCAGCAAUGCAGCAUAGCUUGGCAUGGAUCACGGUGUCGUUGAUGGUGUUGGCGGGCGGGAGCUGUGAACCCCUCCUGCGGGUGUCCAAUGUCCCCCACAACACCCUAACGCUGGACGCCUACCACACCCUACACUUCGUCCACCCUAGAGGAGAGGCCCACGUGCGGUGGGGUCUCACGCUGCCUGAGGGUGCGGAAGGGACGCCGUGCGGCGAGGGCGACUCAUGCCUAGAUUUCAGCGUAGCGCGAGUGGUGGUGACGGUCGAAGACCACUGCCAGAAGGUGGCCUGGACCAGCGGUGGCGAUGGCGGCGGCAAUGGCAGUCUCGCGGAGCUACUGGACUGUGUGCUGCUGGAGGGACACUGGUAUGGUGGCGGCCAGCAAGCAAAGCAGCCGUGGCCGAUGGAGAAUGAACCGCGUGCUGAGACCGCCUUCAUCACGGCCGACAUGUCACAGGACCGCAAGCAUUUGUACGGCGGAGUGUCGGAGGCGUACUGGGUGUCGUCGCAGGGCGUGGCGGUGCGGGUGGAGGAGCAAACACCGCUGUUCCUGAGCGUCCCAGACACGGACGGCGACAGGACGGCGGACGAAUUGUGUCUGGCUGCCCGCCACGACCCACCCUUCGCUGCCGCUCUGGGCAGCCCCCUUACCCUCACGUAUUUUCUCUGCUCCGCUGACGACGUCAAGCAGGUUCACGAAGCAACCUUUACCAAGUUCUUCGAGCUGCCAGCUGGCGUGCCGGACUCCCGCAUGAUGCGUGACCCUAUCUGGUCCACUUGGGUAAAAUACCACGUCGAUGUAAACGACUCUAGAGUCCUCGAUAUUGCCCGGGCAGUCGCUGAGCAUGGCUUCAACAACAGUCAGGUGGAAAUCGACGACAACUGGGAGACAUGUUACGGCGAGGCUGUGUUCAACCCGGAACGUUUCCCUGACCCACAAGGCAUGGUGGACCAGCUACAUAGUGAGGGUUUCCGGGUAACACUGUGGGUCCAUCCCUUCAUCAACAGCGAUUGUCCAGCCUUCACCUAUGCUGAUGAGCAUGGUUUCCUCGCCAAGGACAGCUCAGGCACAACGCAGUUCAUCCAUUGGUGGAAUUCAGACCAAGCUGGCCUCCUUGACUUCACCAACGCUGAGGCUGCAGCUUGGUGGAUACAACGCUUGGUGGACCUGCAGCAACAGACUGGCAUAGAUAGCUUCAAGUUUGAUGCUGGUGAAAGUGCUUGGCUGCCUGAUAACUACACACUUGAGGCAGAUAAGCGGUUCUGGCCCAGUAUCUACUCUGUCAAGUUUAUUGAGACAGUGACACAGUUUGGGCCCAUAAUAGAGGCGAGGGUUGGCCGAGGAACUCAACGCCAUGGUGCCUUUCUUCGGAUGCUGGAUAAGGACUCCACUUGGAGCAAUGACAAUGGGCUGAAGAGUCUUAUUCCUACCCUUCUGCACUUUGGGUUGUUGGGCUACCCAUUUGUGCUGCCAGACAUGAUUGGAGGGAAUGGGCAGCCCAGCAAGCAGCUGUUUGUGAGGUGGGCCCAAGCCAGUGCCUUCAUGCCAGCCCUCCAGUUUUCUCUCCUGCCUUGGGAGUAUGAUGAUGAGGUGACAGAGCUGUGUCAGGAAGUUACAAGACUUCACUCUCAGUACACACCACUUUUGCUCAGCCUGGCCGAAGAGACAACCACCUCUGUGGCCCCAAUGAUUCGGCCCACCUGGUGGCUCUGCCCCACCCUGUCUGAGUGCCUCACUGCAGACCAGCAGUUUCUGGUCGGGGAUGACCUGUUGGUGGUACCCGUGGUGGAAUUCAAUACUGGAAACUCUUUAGACGUGGUGCUACCUCCAGGGCAAUGGAAACAGGAAGGCACAGAGCUAGUUGACACUGGCCCCAAAACUUUCACCUUGUACAAUAUCACCCUUGACACUCUAGUCUACUUCACCAGAUUGGAGGAUUAGUUACUGCCCCAAAGAUAGGGCACAGAGAAGUAGAUUUCAGGUAACUUUAGCAGUGUGAAUCAUACUUUUAUAUAACAAUGAA